AUGGGUAUGGAAUCCAAAGUCUUCCUGCCGCCCAAGAGAGGCGGUAGCAACAACGCGACGCCGACGUUCCCAACAAGAAGGGCUCGAGGCACACCGCCUUGGGACACAACGUCUCCAAGUACCAUUGCGUACCUCGACACGACCGCCGAGUUCAUCCGCACCUCAAUCAUACAUCGGACGCCCAACAAGGUGAAGAUUGGCGGAGCAGGGCACGUUGGACGAGACAACGGAAUUGAAUGUUGGUGUGUGGUGUCGAAGGGUGGCAGGUGGCAGGCUGCCAAGUUCCGGUGGAUCUUCACAAAAGCGAUUCGACUGUACGGCACCACGUUUGGCAUCGUGCAAAAGACAUUCAUGCACGUGAGCUCGCUGAAAGAGGUGUCUCUGGACAUGCUCGGUAGACGUCAUCCCGGCCCCGGCCUCAUUGCUGUUACAGGCAUCCGGCUCGCAAUGGACAAUAACAGCGACUAUGGCGAAGAGAUUGUGAUUGACUCGUGA